GGAGGGCCGGGAAAGCAGGCAAUGGAUGUGACGAUGGAUUUCGACGAGCACGAUAUACUGAAGGAAAAUUACACAUAUCUGUUCAACACGCUCGAGGUAGAUGUAUUAGAGUUCAGAUACACGCACGAAUCGGAUACACCGGAAAAGACGCGAGAGGAGGUCCGACCCGGUGUACCGUUUAUCGAAUUCAAGGUUCUACCGUUCGUGACAGUAACAUUCGAGAAUCCGGUCGAACGAUCCGGCUUGUUUGCGGUCACUAUGAAUCUGUCUGAUAGAUGUACGAGCGAAACGCUUAAAGAGAAGCUUGCGAAGCAAAUUGGUUUCAAAGCUGACUUGUCGGCUCUGGAAAUUAUGCGAUACGAAGAUCCGGUACUGGGACCGCGCAGUCUACCCACGUUUCAGGACUACCGGUCUGGCAAGGUGACCAUCGAGGAAGGAGAUUUAAUGGUGGAUAUGGAGAAGCAGCAAGUUCUGCUUAGCAAUCGCACCAUCAAGAAUAUGAACAUCGGUACGAAUUUUAUCUACGUUAUCAAUUGAGGCUGAGUGCGCGGCUGCACGCUUAUAUUUAUCUUGAACUACGAGUGAAACACAUCGGCCUGGUCGGAAUAACA